AUGGCGAAACCUUCUCAGAGCCAGCAGUACAUGGCACUGGAUGUGUGGAAUCUGUCACCGGCCAUAACAGAUGCAGAGCGGGCGAACUGUCCACAACCUGCCGAGUCAGUCGAUGAAUACACCUCUCUGUAUUCAUCACCACGCUGUUGGGAGAUUCCUACAGAGCUCGUGUCAGUUGAAAAGGUCGUUGGUAAAGGUCCUUUUGGUCAGGUUGCCAAGACAAGAACGAUUAAUUCCCGUUUGUUUUACAGGUGGAGCUACGGAGUUCUCCUCUAUGAGAUUUUUACGAUUGGUGGCUCACCAUAUCCAAAGAUGGAUGUAAGACAAAUUUUAACGUCGCUAGAAGAGGGAUACAGAAUGCCUAAACCUCAGCACGUGGAUGAUAAGUUGUAUGACAUAAUGACAAACUGUUGGAAAGAUGACCCUUCCCUGAGACCAUCUUUUGAGAAUUUGAAGAAGAAACUGAAAGAAAUGGAAAACCAGCACAAGGAGCUCAUAAACUUGGACAAUUACGAUGAUCGACUCUACGUUAAUGUUGACGAUCUUACCGUGUAAUCAGUUGAAUCUUCAUGGGGCAAAGGAUGGAGUGAUAAAUCUUGUAGCCUCAUGAGAUCGUAUACUAUUUUGAAUUUGACGUUAACCUUUUAUUCUGUUUUAACUAACCAAGUAUACAAAAUUUGUUGAACUACGAAUUGAGGCAAAGUACAGCUUUCACAUAUUUUUGUAAUAGUUUUUUUAAGGGUUUUAGUCUUGACUAGAGAAAGGAUUUUUAUACAAGUAUAUUAAGUUAGCAAAUGAAAAUCUUUUCA